UCAGGUUGUGAAGAUCUUAAUGCAAACUGUCCCUACUGGGAAGGUAAGGGAUACUGUAAAAAGGACUAUGUUGCUUACAUGACGAAAAACUGUAAGAAGAGCUGUGGCUUAUGUGGUGGUGGCAACAGUGGCGGGAACUCCGGCGGCGGAAAUAGCGGAGGAUCCGGUCAGUGCGGAUAUAAACCGACUAGCAGAAUUGUCGGUGGUACCGCGGCUCCCAAAGGUGCUUGGCCUUGGCAGGUUCAGCUACGAACUUCUAAUGGUUUCGUUUUCUGUGGGGGAACUUUAGUCGCCCCUCAGUGGAUUGUUACUGCAGCUCAUUGUGUUCCAGGCAGAACCCCAUCUACACUUUUUAUUAGGUAAGGAUGUUACUGGAAAUGAAAACGGGGCAAGUAAAUGCACAGUCAGCGAAAAAAAAAUGAUAAUAAAGUAUUUCACUCACUUUCCAUUGUAAUACAGACAGAAUUUCUAAAACUGCAACUUUAAAAACAAUGAAUUUUAUCAAUAUAAAGCAAUAUGAAAUUCUGUGCUUUCCACCUAAAAAGGCUUAUCAAUAAUGAUAGCUGGUCAAUAUGGCAGAAUUACAAAAAUCUGUGAUGUUGUCUUAAAAAUAUUAGAUAUUAAUCAAUAACCGGAAUAACUACAUCGAUAACACAAGAAUGCUAAAUUUUAUUCUUUGGUUAAAAGCCUUAUGUAAAUUAGUUAAAAGGCAAUAAAUUCGUAUAGGUAAUAGCAUGAUUUGUAGUGAUAUUUGGCUUAAAUACCACGAGUGAUAUUUCGAAAUUGUUAUACGUAUGUACAUUGUUAUAGACGAGAGAAGUCUGAGACAAUUUUGAAAUAUCACGAGUGGUAUUUAUGCCAAAUAUCACGUACAAAUCAUGCUAUUAUUUGUUUAUACUACUACCCGCAAUACUUUUGUAAUUUUCACAUGUAGCUAUUUUUUAAAUUAAGCUGAAAUACCACUGCUCUAAGCCAAUCAAAUUGCAGGAAUUUCUCAUGUAGUAGUAUAACAGCUGAAAUAAUUAAAGGUCAAUUUUUGGAGCAAAUAUGUUAACUUAAUUUACUCGAAACGUUGGGAACAGAAUUGUUUCUAGUUCCAUUUUUCAUUUUUUGACAGGACCAUUUGUCAUCAAAGCCUUUGUGAGCGUUUCUAAUUUUCGAGAGUAUUUUUCAUGUUUAUUUUGAACUUUUAAUUUACAGACUUGGAGCUCACUAUCGUAGCAGCAAUGUUGGAACAGAACAGGAUAUCCCAGUGGAGAAAAUCAUCUCUCAUCACAGCUACAGAAAGCCAUAUGGAAUGGCCCACGAUAUUGCUAUGGUCAAGCUAUCGAGGCCCGCUACGCUUAACAAAGCCGUUAACAUAGCGUGUUUGCCUGGUUCCGGAGGAGAUGUUGCAGAUGGCAAGAUGUGCUGGGUAACAGGUAGGAGAAAUGAAAAACUGAAAUGAUCAAAACUUCCUAAACAUUCCAUGAGCUUACAGCUCAACUGGAUCUACAUGGAAGUGCGAAGAAACUGAGUGCAUAACGGGUACAUUUAUUUUAACUGAAAAGCCAGAGGAGGGAUUUCAAUUGCGCCUCAGUCAAAUAUAAGGUGCUAUGGCUGAAGCAGUGGAAUUUUAACUACGAGGAAAAUGUUUUGUUUAAAGAAUCUUCAUGAUCAUGCAUCACUCUUGAGGAAUAGCCCACUAACCAUUUGCACAUUAGUUUAUCAGUUUCUAUGGCGGAACUGUCGAGUUUUACUCUCUAUUAAAUAAAGACUCCACUCCACAUCCCCCAUAAUACACCUUGUUUGACUUGUUUGCCCCUUCCACAUUUUGCUUAAGGGAUUGUCUUCAAUUUCUCUCGGGACGACUUUAAUUCCCAGGGGAAAUUAAAAAGAAAGCUUAUAAAACAUUUGAAGGGCAAAUAAAGUGUCAUGUAUGCAGGGUGAAGGUUACGGAAUUCAGAGCUCGUCUAGAUAGCUUUCAGUAGAACAUACUAGUUUUUUCUGUGAUUAUUUAAAGGAAUCCUUUAUACGUUGUAAGUAAAUGGGGGAGGCUUCUUAACCCAAAAAAAGCACCGGAGCUAAACUGCAAUUUCUUUGUUGUGUCAGUUCGAAAAUGUGCUGAGUAUAUGCAAAAUGUUGAGAAGUUCUGCAUAACAAUGCGUAGUUCACGCAAAGAACAGAAGCGAGUUUUACAUUAAGCAUGGCCCAAAAUGGCACUUAUUAACAAUAUAAAGAUGUUUAGUUUUUAACGGAGGCCUAUGGCCAACUGACUACUUUACAUGCAAUAGUUCACUGACGAUGUGACACAUUGUUGCGCUAAUAGAGCUAUGGAAAGACUGAAAGAUAGCCAUUUGAUAACGAACGUAAAAUCCUUGAAGCCCGCCAGCGCACAUUCUCUAAACAGAAUAAGAAGCCCGGCUCUGUUACUACUGAAACAACUCAAUAAUCCUCUGACAAAAAUCACUACUUCUCAGGUAUAGGAAAAAUCAAAGUUCAACCUUACCAAUUUGUAAUUCCGUAUCCGGAAAGAAAAAGUUGCGGAUUCAAAAUAUCCGGAUACGUGUAGACGUAAUGUGGACGUGGCCUUUGUUCCACAAUGGAGCAUUUUAGCUUGCGUUCUUUGUUUCAAUUUCAGACCACGUGAUUUUUCCCCAGAGACCUGUCUUUUUUCGUCGAAUUUUUCCCUAUCCACGUGCAUAUGUUUGCGUAAUUUAUGAAAAGGCAGAAAGCAAAUUUUAGGGCCUGUUUACAUGGAGUGGGGGACCCCGGUCUAGUGGGGUUGGUUUCUCUUGUUUUCACGCUCUGGGGGACACAAAACAAAAGAAACUUACCCCACUAGACCGGGGUCCCCCACUCCAUGUAAACAGGGUCUAAAUGAGGAAAUCAGGCGGUCUGAAUUGAAAAAACAAUACAAACAAUCUUGAUUCAUCAGCACCAACCUUUAAUAUUUUUUUGGAUGCCGUUGCUCUGAGUUUCUGAAUCGAACACGCUCUUAAAGCAGGUAUACAUGUUUAUCAACCAACACAAACAGAAAUGCAGUUCUCAUUAAAGCUGUUCAAAAAUACUUGCACAAAGGAAACGAUGCGCUCUUAUGAGGACUGCAUUUCAGAGAGCACAUUUCUUCUCGUGUCUUCUUCUUGUUUAAGUGUAACUUAAUUUGGGAACAUUUCAUUUCAUGAAAACAACUUGUUGUGCCUUGAUGCUAUGCCAGCCGUCUAGUACUCACGUGAAGUAAAAUUUAAUGUAAGAAGAGGAACAUCUCAUGGUUUCAAAAACCCUUAUUUUUAAAAUGAAGCUAAAUGAAAGAGAUUUCAUGCAAUAAGUGUGUUUAUUGCACAAAAAUGAAGAAAAAAAACAAACAAAAAACACAAUGACUCUCAUAUCAGAGAUUACCCUUAUCUUCCUUUUGAGACGGUAGUUAGGGGUAACUUAAAAGAAAUCAAUUAUAUUGUGAGUGUCAUGGUUAUGUUUAAUUAGCAUAAUUUAACAUACAUUAGUGUUGCGCAUGCUUAUGUGAGAUCAUUGAUGCUUGCAUUACGCUUGUUUAACUCGCACCUUGCAAAAAGAGACGAAAAUAGGGAAAAGAAACAAGCGCAGAGCAAUUAUGGUACUAAUUGUGACCUUGUGUUAAUUUAGGGUUUGGAAGACUGGCCUCGGGUGGCGCUAUGCCUACCGCCCUGAUGCAAGUUUCUGUGCCAGUUGUGUCAGAAGCCAGCUGCAGACAAGCUUACGGUUCAUCUAUCCAUGACUCCAUGGUCUGCGCUGGGUUAAAGGAGGGUGGAAAGGAUUCCUGUCAGGGAGACUCUGGGGGACCUAUGGUCUGUGAACAAAACGGAAAAUUCUUCCUUGAGGGUGUUGUGUCAUGGGGAGUUGGUUGUGCCAGUCCAGGAAAAUAUGGCGUUUAUUCUAAUGUACGCUACUUGAAGCAAUGGAUCGAUAGUACCAUGAACAGCAACUAG